AUGUAUAAAUGUCCGAGUUGUUUAAAGGUCACAUGGGCUUCAGACAAUAGCAAAGAACUUUUAGAACACACGAAACAUAGUCACAAAUCCGGUGUGAGAUCAGGUCAUUGUCCAAUAGAUGAGUGCGAAAAACCAUUUGGGGAUAUUUAUAAAUAUAUAUCUCAUGUCAAUAAAUUCCAUCAAAUAACUACACUUGUUGAUACACAACAGCAAAAAAGACCACAAUCACCAAUAAGCGAUCAAGUACACAAAAGAAUUUGCAUUAACUUACAAACCCCAUCAAUUGAUACUGCUGAUUUAAUAAAUAAUGAACAACCAAUUCCCAGUUCCAUUCGUUUGGAAUCAGCUUUCGACAUUCAACUUUUAGAAUUCAAAAAUACUUUACAUGAUAAAGCAGGUGAUGUAGUGAAAGAUUUAUAUGCAGAUGUUUCACUGUCAAUGAAAGUUGUACAACAGAUAAUCAAAAUAUUCAGUGCAUAUCAAAAAAUAGCCAUAGAAGAGUUAAAAAAAAUUGAACCUAAAUUACUUUCUGACAGUAGAAUUGAUACAGCUUCAAAUUUCUUAAAAACCUCUUUUCUUAAUAUAAAUACACAAUCAAAAGCUUUUAAAUAUCUUGAUGUUAAAAAUGCAUUAAUUAAACCUGUACCAAAAUUAAUCGAAAAACGUUCAAAACCUAUUAAAAACAAGAAAAAUAGAAAAACAACUUGGUUACCGAGUAAAUCAUACAUUCAAACUAUCCCAAUGAAACUUGUGUUAAAAAAAUUCCUGGAGAUACCUAAUGUUCUAAAUACGAUUACAGACUCAUUAGAAAAGUCUAAAAUCUCAUAUCCAGUAUCAUCGUUUGUUCAGGGGGAAGCUUGGCGUAAUAUCAUUUCACAAUAUCAAAAUAAAUUUGUAAUACCAUUGAGCAUUUAUUUUGAUGAUUUCGAAAUAAAUAACCCACUUGGUUCCCAUAAAAAAAAAAUAGAAGCAGUUUAUUAUACGAUCGCCUGUCUCCCACAUGAAUUUUGUGGUAAAAUAGAAAAUUGGUUUGUUGCUCAAUUUCACAAAGAAGCUGAUUAUUCAAGGUUGGGAAAUAAACGUAUUUUUGAAAAUUUUAUAUCUGAACUUCUCGAGCUGCAAAACCGCGGAAUAAGUUUGGUAAUAAACGGUGUACAACGUCAAGUAUAUUUUCAUGUGGGUCGUGUGUUAGGAGACAAUUUAGGCUUGAAUCAAAUUUUAGGUUUUGUUAAGGGUUUUACAGCAAUACAUUACUGUAGAAUAUGUAUUUCAAGUAAAACAGAAAAUCGAACAAUAACUGGAGUCGAACAAUGUAUUCUACGUAAUCAAGAAAAUUAUGAUGAAGAUGUUGAACGUACUAAAUCAACAAAAAAACAUAGUCGCGGAGUGUGGGAAAGAUCAGUUUUUGAGCCUGUUUUUGAUAUGUUUAAUUCUCCUUCUGUUGAUCCUCUUCAUGACCUACAAGAAGGAACCAGUAAACGUUGGAUUUUAAAAAUUCUUGAUACGUUUUUGGUUGAUAGGGAUCUUGAAUUUGAGCUCAAAAAUUUAAAUGAUAAUAUAAAAAUGUUAAACGUUGACACAAGUAGCGGCAUGAAUAUUCCUUCGGAAAUAACAGAUGAAUGGAUCAUAAAAAAAAAACGUCUUCGUUUGACUGGGUCAGAAAUGGGUUUUCUUAUUGAAUAUUUAGGAAUAUUAAUUGGUUCAUACAUUCCACGUGGUAACAAAAUUUGGGAAAUUUAUAUUUUAUACAGAAAAAUAUAUUUUUUAAUAAUGGCACCAAGCUUCUCUGAAGACACUCCUGACAAACUUGAUAUACUGAUAAAAAAAUUUUAUAAAGCAAUUAGAGACACAAAUUUUGGCUCUAUCAUACCAAAAGACCACUUUCUUUUACAUUAUCCACGUGCAAUGAAGUAUUUAGGUCCUUUGCGUUAUGCUUCAACCAUACGAGGAGAAGCUGUUCACAGAGAUAGAAAAAGAACAGCAAAUACAGCAAUAUCACGUGUUAACCUUUUUUACACCUUAGCUUUAAGAUUUCAAUUAAAAUUGGCCAAAAAAUUUGUUGACAAUCAACCAAUGAUGAAUCUUGUGACACAUAAAGUAAAAAAAAAAAUAUUUAUGGAAAAUAUUGUUGAAUUCAGAAAUCUUGAGAACAUAAGUCCAGUAGAGGGAGAAAAACAGAUUAGUGAUAAAGUUUCAAAUUCAAAAAUCAUUGAGGCAUCAAAAGAUUUCAAUUUUGAUGAGGAAAAUGAAGAUAACAAAAUUGAUGAAAAUAGCAAAAUUUUCGAUGAUACUUUAAUAAAUGUGGAAGAAGAAGAAAAUAGUGCAAAAAAAGUCAUAGAAAAAAAUAAUAUUACAAGUAUCAAUGAUGAUGAUAGCUUGGUGAAUCAUUAUCUUAACACCAUCGAUACAAUAGCAUAG